AUGCAGUGUCUGGGGAGUCAAGGGCUUACCUACUCCGCAGCUGCUGCGGCCUCGCUGCUUACGUUGUUUGUUGGAGCUUUCUUUCCUGCUUAUACGAGGUUGCCAAAACAUUACAAGGCACUGCAAGCUCGUGUCAACGACGGAUGGAAGACCGGCAGCGGCAAUAUUAACAAUGAGAAGGUUUUCAUUGCCGCUAGUAUCUUCGACCCAAAUGGCAAACUUGCGAGUGGUGAUUGGGCUAGGAAUGUCUUGCAGCUCAUAGGUAUAUUGGGACCUGAGAACGUCUAUCUGAGCAUCUACGAGAACGAUGCAGGUCCGUUGGCCUCGCAUGCUUUGGCAGCGCUCAAGACACACGUACCCUGCAACCAUACCCUCGUGUCUGAUCCACAUCUCGAUCUUGACGAGCUGCCUCAUGUCGUAUUACACGAUGGCACUAGGCGCGUGAAGAGGAUAGAGUAUCUGGCCGAAGUCCGAAAUCGAGCUCUGAAACCACUGGACGAUGCUCAAACACGAUUUGACAAGCUGCUUUACCUGAAUGAUGUUAUGUUCAAGCCGAUCGAUGCAGCUCAGCUUCUCUUUUCUACCAAUGUGAAUGCCGAUGGUCAGACACAGUACCGCUCAGCAUGUGCAGUGGACUUUAUCAACCCUUUCAAGUUCUACGACACCUUUGCGACACGAGAUCUGGAUGGUUUCAGUAUGGGAGUGCCGUUCUUUCCGUGGUUUCCGGCGAUCGGUGGGGACAGCACUCUUGACGAUGUACUCAGCGACAGUGACGCAGUCCGAGUCAGGAGCUGCUGGGGUGGGAUGGCUGCUUUUGAUGCUAGGUUCUUUCAGAAUUGGGAUGGCGAAGCACAAUCCAUCAGAACAGCUGCUAACGAAAGUCCAUCGAAUCUCACAGCGCCCUAUCACUUCAGAGCUGAGACGGAUUUAUGGUGGGAUGCCUCAGAGUGCUGCCUCAUUCAGGCGGAUAUACAAAGUCCAGAUGUCCGCAAUCCUGGUAUCUACAUGAACCCUUACGUGAGAGUUGCCUAUGACAGCCGGACUCUGUCUUGGUUGUGGUUAGCAAGGAGAUUUGAGAAACUGUAUACUCCCAUACAUUUUAUUGCGGAUCUGCUUGUAAACCUACCAGAUUUUAAUUCUAGACGUGACGAAGUAAUGUGGCAGCCCGUCGACGAGAUAGUCUGGGUCGAUGAUGGUUCAGGGACAGGGCAAGGGGAGUGGCGCAACGUUGCUAGAAUGGCAAAACACGAUGGGUUCUGUGGGAGGAGGGGCUUGCAAGUGAUCAAGGAACGAACAGAAGAUGGCGAAAAGAACUGGGAGCACAUUGAUCCUCCACCGUAUGUUGUUUAG